CAAGGAACAUUCCACCCGGUAUCAAAUGAAACAGCUGAGAUGGUACGGUAGCAGCUACAGUCGUACCGGUACGGGUAUCGGAUCCACGGUACAGUGCACAAGCUUUCAGUGGUACUAUCAUAGCUAGUAUGGCCAUACUUACGUUACGUGACAGUGUACAUCGGAGACAGCAUGCUGCAGCGAUGCACCUCCGCAUACUAGUAUUCUACCACCACUGGUACAUUGCUGGCUGAACGCUACAGUAGGCUAGCUACGGAUGUACCAACUCUCCACCUCCGACUGCAGCAAGAGGAUCAGAUUGUCAAAGCAAAUUGUCGACUUUAUUGUCCGCAAGCAAAGCUGUAGUCUCAGUAAGUGAUCCUGUUAAAAUCAACAGUGUGACUGGAGCUAAGGACAAUCUACAGGCCAGGUCUGCGCUUUCUCGUCUACCCCACGCAGACAUGACAUUUUUAAAUGGCAAUCAAUGAACCAUUGACUUCAUUGGUGAGGCGAUGUUCUAAAGUAACAAACUGAAGUACCGGUAUGCGAAACCCCUUAAUAGCUAGCUAGUACUGGUACAUGUACCGAUCUUUUUGUGGUGGAGCCAAUGAGCCAAUUUCCUGGAGGGACAAAUGUUAGUUGGAUUGAGGAAGGAUGCUCUUUCGGUUGUCCGGUAGGACCAUUGCUGGUUCAGUAGUAUUACCGCGACAAUGGAUCUCUGUACCGGUAGUGACGGCAUUUUUGUGUCUCCUGUUGAGGAAUUGUGUGGUUGUUGGCUUUUGGCCCCAUGCUCACCAUCGGCAUCAUCAUCAUCAUCGCAUAUCUGCUACCAGACUUUACGACGUUGCCCCUCUUUGGAAUUUCCUCAACCAAGAGGAUGUAGCCUUGCUCGCAGUCGACGAUGCCAGCUACGGCAACUACGUUCCGGCUGCCACGACCUUGUUUGUGAAUAUGCUGACCCCGGCGAGUAUUUUGGCUGCCGGCAUGAUUUCCAUUGGCGUCAAGGCGGCUCCCUUCAAGCCUCCCACGGCCAUUCAAGAUGAUCCCGACAUGGUCCAACAGAUUGAUCUGCUCAAGCGUCUCUACAUUAUUGUCACCUUGAUAUCCUUUUGUUCCGAACUAUUGGCUGUCAUGUGGGCCACUGUGGCCAUUAAUCAACUGACCGAACGAAAUCUGGAACCGGCCACCAGUGUGUGGGAACUGCUCGUUCGAGAUUGCGAUUUGGAAUGGGCGGCCGUCAAUAGCCAUUUCGUCCUGGGCAUGGUUGGAUUCAUGAUCCUCGUGGGGAUUCGGGGAUAUAUCAUGCUCUUGGAAGCAGAAGCAUCCGAGGCAGUCAUGGUAUCCACGUUGAGUGGCGUGGGCGCGGCACUUUUGUUGAUGGUCAGUAUUGUCAAUCGAGGUGUCCAAGCGGGUGGUGGAAAUGGGUUGGGAUACGGUGCCACGGUCUUGGACAUGUUUGGCCAUUAUGUCACACUGUUGUAUCAACGUGCACAGGGCAUGGAGGCUGGGAUAUUCGAUGGCUCGUUUGGCCCCCUUGGAAUGGGGGCCAUUUUCCUCGAAGUGAUUUCGAUUGCCUUUGCGGCGUAUGCCAUUCUAUUCCAAAGUGCAAACAUGAAUCUGGGAAAACUCAAUCAAAAACUCAACCAAACGAGUGAACCAGAAAACCAAAACAGUGACCUGAUGCAUGACAACGCAAACAUUUUGAACGACGACAAAGAAGCAGCAGACGGACUAGCUACCGGUAUCGGAAACAAUGAGCUCAAUCGGUGAUGAUGCAUACAACGACGACAACAACCAGCCUUCGGAGUAUAAACCGAAACUCCCAGUGUCGCUAACAAUUGUGAAUCCUCGACCCCUGGAAUGGCGGGCACAAAAACUCGAUUGUGGUUUAGUGCAUCUCAGAACAGCACAGAGACGCUCGACAAUACUCAAUCCACAGAAGGAUGGCUCCUUGAGAUGGCCAAGGACUGAGUAUCUGGCUUUAGCGGGCACUGCCAAAAACGUUUUGGUGGCGCAUCCCUUUAACCCCUUCCAAACAGCUAGCUAAUCACACUACCGAACAAUUGGCUGCCGGUAUCUUCGUUUACUGUUUUGCUUUUUAUUAAUUAAAUGUAGUGUG